AUGAACGCGAGCCGAUUCUACUUGAGAGGCGAAUUUCCCGUUGCACCUUCAUCUGGAGCGAACUGGAUGAACACCAUAGGCAAUGUUGGCAGCCCAUAUGGAAGUAACAUUAUUGAAGUCUCUGGGGAAGUCGCCAACCAAUACAAAUAUGUGGCACAAUUUGAAGGUCCAGUACAAGGUCAAAGCUGGACUGUGGUGAUCUGGAACAAUAUGGGGCCAGAUGGAUCACUGGGUGGAUGGUACGGGAAGGCGUGCAGAACAUUUCCAUUGGCUCCUGGUCAGUUUCGAUAUCUCGCCUUCGACGAGAAUUCUCAAGGCGGAUGGGCUAUGGCCCCCGGUAAUUCUAUCCCCAUUGAUUCCAAUGGGGCAUAUGCUUCAACCUGGGGUGAAUUUGAUUUUGGCUCAAGUAUCAGCCUUGGGUGGUCCAGGUUUGACGUGUCCGCCAUAGCUGCUCAGAAUGCCGGCCUCGAGGUUCAAGGCAUGAAAAUUUGUGACGUUAUCACCCACAUCUGCUCGUCCAUAACUAGAAAUGCCGGGUUUGUUCAUAAUGCCUACACGAAUACCCUUGUCGACGAUAGAGACAUCGGUGGAAAACUUGCCCCUGGACCAGCCAGGCUGUCAGUUACGGUUGAUUACGAUACACAGAAUUAG